ACACUUCCCAUCAUGCAGUUCUUCAAGGGCGCUUCCGCAAGCGCGCGCUCUGCACAGGUUUCGCAGAAACGGAUGUUCGCGCGCAUCGAAUGAGCUUCUGACUUAACUCUAUUAUACCCCACGUUUACCUUAAGACAUCACUGCAUUGCCGUCGUUUUCAGAAUGCCAAAGUCAAAGGAAGUGUUGUCUUCUACUUCAGACAGCGACUCUGACAGUGAAGUUGAGACGAAGGCUAAGAGAAAGAAGCAAGCGGCACCAGAAAAGCCAUCAAAGAAACAAAAAAGUGGAGAAACCUCAAAAGUGUCAUCUGCCUCUAAAAGCAGUAGCAGUAAAAAUGACAACAUGUUCCAGAUAGGAAAGAUGAGGUAUGUGAGUGUUCGGGAUUUCAAGGGAAAAGUGCUGAUUGAUAUCCGGGAGUACUGGAUGGACCAAGAAGGUGAAAUGAAACCAGGCCGGAAAGGUAUUUCACUGAACCCAGAGCAGUGGAACCAGCUCAAAGAGCAGAUGGGUGAGAUCGACGACGCCGUCAGGAGAAUAUAACACCUGCCUGCUUUUUUAACAGAUUCUUGCUCUGCCGUUCUGCUUCUGUCGCCCUCCAAACCUUCUCUGAAUCCUCCCGAGACACGUCACGGUCCACGAGACCUGGCUUCAUUUUGACUAAUGUGUAAUUGCUAAGUUUUUGUCUUUGUAGAGCACCACGCUUUCAAAGCCAAUGUGGUUACCGGGACACUUUGUAUGUAUAUUUUAGACUAGGUUUUAUUGAAGUAGUUGUUCGUUGUACGUGUCUUUUUAUAUUUGAGAUUUUCAUGGUUGUGGGUUUUAAAGGGGUUGGCUAGAGAGAGUGAGUUUGUGCCCUUCGUUUUUAAUAAAGAUGGUAGACAAAA